AUGCAUAUGAAAAAGAGAAGGAAGUCUGAUAGUGACCAAUCAUUUGAACCCAAUAAGUCAAUUGCAUUAGAUAGCCAAAUAAAUAGUAAUGUCUUUAAUGAUUGGAAUACUGAAAUAACUGUUAUUACAGAAAGGCUUCGCGAUGAACUCGAUACUAAAGUUAGUCAUUUGUACGAAGGAAUAGGGAAGGAUUUAGAAAUUAAUAUAUUUGAUUACUCUCAAAACGAAGAUGAAUAUUAUUUAGGGUUGUUAAAGAAUACUAAUAUAGAAAACAAUAUUAAGAAAAUAAUAGAUUGUCUUGAAAGAUAUAAAGAGUCUUUGAAGUUGGAAAAAGAAAAAAAUAAGGACUCCAACAUAUUGGAAAAUCUCAGAAAGAAUCUCUCAAAAUGUUAUUCAAAGUUUGCAUCUCAAAAAUACAUUAAGGAUGGCGAAUUCACUAUUAAGAAUUGGACAUAUUUUUUACCUAUCUUACUUUCAAACUCCAUUUCAGAAAUUGAAAUUUCUGUAAUUUUAGAUAAACUUCCAACUAUUGUCAAGUUUUUGAUCAAAUCUAUAAGGAAGUAUCAGUUAUCAACUGGUAAAUGUAUUUCUGUUGAAACUAUUGAUACAAUCAACAUGUAUAGAAGUAUUUUAAAUGAGUUUGAGAAAAUUAGUAAAAUGUAUAAUGAUAUACAUAAUCUCACCAUUGAAAGAAUGGUAAUGGAAGUUCACGAUCCAUUUACUUUAUAUAUUAAGAAUACCAUGAAUUAUAUUGACAAAACCAAGUUAUCUUUAAGUUUUAUUCCAUUCAAAUUUGGAGAAGAACAUAUUGAAAUGCAAAAAUCUUCCAUGACUAAUUUUAGUCUAGACUUUUCAUAUAAACCUUUUGAUACAUUAUAUAUGAUUUAUGGGAGUAAUAUUUCUUCUCUUGGUGUUUUUGGUAGUAACUAUUUAAAUAGAAGAAUGAAUUUGGAUAAUCUAUGGCAAUUAAGUAUCUUCAAAAACCAAUCUAUUUCUCUGAUCCUUAAUACUAAUAGAGAUAGGAACGAAAAAUAUGAGGAUUUUGAUAUUGAAAAGCUUGAUAGUUUUAUAGGAAGCUUGGGAUAUGGGUAUUCAUCAUUUGACUCCCUUAAGCUUAUGAAUCCGAGGCCAGAACUAAACAAAAGACUAUCAAAUAAUAUGUUAAGAUUGCAAAUUAGCAAGAAAGUUUAUAAAAAAUAUAACAAAGAAAUGGAUCCUAAUACAAAAGUUAAGCAUUCUAUAUGCCUUAAUCCACUAAUUCAAAAAUUUACUGGUACUGAUUUAGUAACUGAAGAUAACCAAAAGUUCGGAUUUAAAGACUUUUCCAAAUUCCCUUCAAUUCCAAACAAGGAGCCAGAACGAGCUGAACUUAUCUUUUCUAAAGAAGUAAAAUCAGAAGAUAAGAAAAUUCCUCUUGGAUUCAUAUCUACAGUAAAAGAAAAAAAACAUGGAAAUAGGGAAUUAGAGCUAGUUAUUUUAGAUGUUAAAGAAUGUAGUAAUUAUAUAAUGAAUCAGAAUAAGUCUUCAACAGCUAGAAAUCUAAGAUUUGAGGAAUACGGAUUGUUUUGGAAGACCAACCCAGGAAAAGAUGGUAUAUAUAGCUUUAAGAUGACUCCAUUGCGUAGUUGUAAUGCUUCAAUCCACCAUUCAAUAAGGUUUAAAUCUCACUUAUACUAUUCCAGGUUUCUAUUUGAACAACUUGUUAAUUCUAAUUGGAAGAAGAGGAUAAUAACGAAAAACAAGAAAUAUUAUAAACUUUCUUCUUUAGUAAAUGGAGGAUUUUUAAGUAAAUCUCAAAGGGAAACAGUUAACAAGAUCUCAAAAAUUAUAUUAAACAAUGGUUUAUGGGAGAAUUUUAGUGAUAUCGUGCCAAAAUUAUUAACGGGUACCGACAAAAAAAUUAAUGAUCAUGAUCUCGAUGAGUGGGAAGAUUUUGAUGAAAAUGAUGAAUUUGAUAAGGAAAUGAGUAAAUUAUCAUCUGAGAGUAGGAAUAGUUCAACCUUGAAAUCUUCAGAGUUUUAUGGAAAAUAUUUAAAGUUAAAUUCAAAAAAUUAUAAGUUGAUUUCAAAAAGAUGCCAAAAAAUGUUGGCUAAAUAUAUAUUUAAAGAGUAUCCAAGGUUUUUGACACAGUAUUUUAAGAUUAGGAAAGAAUGGAAAGAACAUAAUAAAAAUGAAGUUCAAAAGAGAAAUAAACAAAAUGUGAACAACUCAUCUAGACUACAGUUAGACAUUAUUGGAUACUCAGGAGAAAAGAAUUUAAAAGCACAAUUUUCUAAUUUUGAGAAUCUAAAUAUUAAGCAUGAGCCUAAUGAACUAAAAACUGCUAAUAUUCAAGAUCCACAAGUUCUUCAUUUGAUUAAGUUAGAAAAGAAAGAAGGACAGAAUGCAUUAUCAGUUUUACCCAAGUUUGACUCAAAAUUACCUUUGAAUCAGAUUUAUAAGCUUGAAAAUUUCAUAUCUACAGAAUUAUUUAGUAAUAUUAAAGUUGAAUGGACUAAAAACACAUCUAAUAUAUAUAGCAGUCAGCUAAAUAAUUUUUCAAAGAUGCUACUAAUUAAUUUAAAUAAUAGUUCAGUUUUGAAUUCAAAACUCAAAUCUUUCUUUUUAAAGAUGAUAAUUUAUAUUAAUUGGCUUAUAUACUUAAUUAACAAUUCAAACAAAUCAUUUGGUGGAUCUAGAGCUGUUCAAAAAUGUUUGCAAGCAUCUUUAGAUUCUCAAUCUAAUAAUCAAAACUCAAAGUACCAAAAUAAUUUGAGAAUUCCAAUCGAAUUUUGUAAUUGGAUAAUAGAUUCAUUCAUGUCAAAAUACCAGACAGAAAGUCUUCAGACAAGAUUUAGCUUCUCCACAGCAGGAGAAAAUAAACUUUUUGUUACUAUUUUGUGGCUUUCCAAUUUUGUUAAUUCUCACUCACACAAUAUUAACUAUACAGAUUACAAUGGUGAUCACUUUGACUUACCAGAAUUCCUUCCUUCUUCAGAACCUCCCCCAAUAGAAUUUUCAAAUCUUUUGCUUCAAGACCUAAAGGAUAAAUUCACCAAAAAGUUCAGAAGCAUUGCUCAUGCAAUGGGUUUCAGAUCAACAUCUCCACCCCCUGCAAGAUUCAAAUCCAAGAAUUACAUGAUACCUCCGAAUGUUACUAAUGUGAUUUUGAACGAGUUCCCUAGAUUAUAA